AAUCAAUAUCCUUAAAGUUGCAGAUGCAUUAAUACUUUGUUCGACCUAAUUGACUUUCCAUCGUAUAUGAACUAAUCUCUCGAAGAGAACAACUGCCAAACUUUCAUUUUCAGGUCCACCCACCGUUCUCCGCUGCUGCUCUUUGCCUAACUUUCCUUCAGUUCGUUGCGUUCUGUGGUCGUUUCUGUGGAAGUUUCAUCCAUGGCUUCUAGCUUCUGUAAUGCCCAGAUUCUGCCCUUCAACAGUUCCACCAAGAAGGCUGUGAGCAGAGUCGUCAUGGUUCAGAGCAAGGAUGUUACACCCAAAAGAAUUUACAACUUCAAUAUCAGAUUGAUCGCAGAAAACAAGAUAUACGAAGAUCAAGAGAACGGAAUUGUCUGCUACAGAGGCGACGAUGGGAAGGUCGUCUGUGAAGGGCUUGAUGAGGGGCCACGGCACCAAAUUCCAGAAACAAGAACGUUUGCAGAUCUCAAGUCGGGGAACAUGAGCGGCAGAGGAAGAAUCCAUGAGGACCCUUGGGAUCAACUGCCAGAAAGAACAGGAUUCGCUGAUCACCGGAGGGAGCUUCAGAUCCUUACCUCCCUCGAUGCAAGAUUCAACUAGAACAAGAGCCUUCUCUGUCAUGGAUGAAGAUCAACGAUGGAAGGUUGCAAUCAACACAUCGUCAACGAGAAUGACUACAUUCAGAGUUUGAAAUCAAAUCACUUGUCAAUGCAGGAAAUCCGGAUGCAUCUACAACAGAGAGAUUGGUAGCUAUGGAGACUGUUUUAGAUAUCGAGGCCGGUUUGGACAUGUCCAUGUUUUGAGAGUGAUGACAAUGAUGUAACUUUUUUAGUUUCCAAAUAAAUGCUGCGUUAAAUUGAA